ACAUUGAACUACCAAGUAGUGACGCAGUUAGUUCUAUACUAGAACUUGUUAGUGCAACAUAAAAUUAUACUGUUUUAUCGACGUUGAUUGCAAUGACGCCAAUGUUGUUUGCAAACGUCAAAAGAAGCGUCAUGCAAUAAUAUAUAUUUGUGCAAGCAAAAAUUAUAUGAUUAGCAAAAAAUGGUUCGCACCGAUUGGGAUCGGAUAUUAUCUGUAAAUGUUUCAGCUUUAACAGAUGAUGAUAUCGAGGACCUUUUUCCUGCGGUGGUCCGAUGCGAUGUGGACGAGAUUGUUGACGUACAAAACCUGAAGACACUUAUGAGAUUAUCCCAGGAAAUGUUGACUUAUAAAGAUAAUCAAGUUGAGGCUUUGCUUCUUGAAUGUGGUGAAUUAAAAGAAGCAAUAGCUUCAUUGCAUCCAGAGACUACUAAACGAAAAAGUAAAGAAUAUAGCAUAUCUGCAAUAAAACAAGAGAGUAAUGGUUUUACAAAAGAUACUGAUUUAAGAAAAUAUUCUCAUCCAGACACACAAGAAAAAAAUGAAAAAGUCAAGACUUUAAUGAUUGAACUAGAGAGUUUGGACAAAGAAAAUGAAAUUCUCAAAGAGCAGUUAUCAACUCUGAAAGAUGAAAUGGAAGAUGCAACAGAAAAAAUGGAUGAUAUGACUGAAGAACUUCAUUUAUCUCAAAUUAAAGUUGAGGAAUAUAAAGAUAUGAUAGCAAAAUUGGAACAAAAGAAUGGAGCCUUGAUUACUCAAAUUGAAGAAAUAACAGCACAGCAAAUAGAUAGAGAUAGGAUGUUGGAUGAAUUUGGUGCAGCUAUUGAUGUCAGAAUAUCUGAAUGGAAGAACAUAUUGGAUGAAAAAGAUAUGGAAAUUACACAUUUGAAAGAAAGCUUGUCACAGUCCUUAAUACAUUCAGUUACAUCAGCUAAAGAAGAAAAUAAAUCACAAAUUAGUCAAUUAAAUGACGAAAUAAUUCGUCGAGAUGCGAUCAUAGUCGAAUUACAAGCUAAACUUUCAGAGGCAGUCAUUGAAAUUAAUGAGAGCGCUGCGCUCAUGGAAAAAUUAAAGGGAGAAUCACAAGAGUCUGAAAAGGAUAAAAAACGAAAAGAACAAAAAAGCUUGUUGAAAAAACUACAAAAUUCAAAAGAAAAAAUCGCUAAUUUGGAAAACGCGUUAAUGCAAGCGCAAAAUGAUGCCAAGGCACAGGGUGAUAAAUUAUGCGAAGUGUUAUCUGUACUAAAAAAAUAUGAAAAUGGAAAUGAAGCGUUAGCUAAAGCAUUGAAUGAAAUCAAAGAAUUAAAAAUUAAAAUCAAUCAUAAAAAUGAACAUAUCGAAGAUUUAGUUAAUGUUGUUAAUAAAUUGGAAAUGUUAAAUUCAUAUCAGGAAAUGGAGAUUUUAAGUCUUAGGGAGAAGUUAGGAAUUCCAGAAGAUGAAUCAAUAUCAAUUAAAAAUAUUGUGGUAAAACAUAAAGAAGAGUCCAGAAAAAUAGAAGAGCUCGUUCGUCAAAAUAAAAGUCUUGUAGAGGAAAAUUUAGAAUUAAAAUCAGAUAUAAGGAUGUUAAGGUAUAAGUUGAGCAAAUCUGAGAAAAUAUCAGAUAUUUCAGAUAACUUAGACUAUAGUAAUCAGUUUUUACAUUCGACUAAAGUAAUGGAAUUAGAAAAUGCACAAGUAUAUUCCAAAACUGAUAUUUCUGAGGUUACAUCAGAUAUUCAAAUACUUAUAGAAGAAAAUGAAGCACUUAGAACAGGCUUGCAUGAGAUCAUGGACAGUAUACAUAAUCAAGAUGGUAAGAGCGAGGUAACAAUACAAUCUACAACGUUGGAGCGAUUAUUGGAAGCUUUAGAUGCCCGGCAUUUAGCUGGUUGGUAUCAUCCAGCUAUGAGAUUACAAGAACAUCUGAGUGUUGUACAAGGUAGCAAUGCUGAAUUAAGAUCACAACUGAAGUUGUUGAGAAAAGAAUUGCAAAAAAAAGAUAAUAUAUUAGAAGAUUUAGCAACAAAUAAAAGUAUAGACUUCGAAAAAGUGUACGAGAAACAUGGCGAAGAUGAGGCGAUCACAAUCUAUCUUGCAGAAAUGAAAGCUUUGCAAACGGCUUACAAGAACGAAGCAGAAGAAUGGGAGAAACAAAAGGAUCUUUUGGUCGAAGAGAAUAAUCAGUUAAAAUAUGAGAUAGAUGGUUGUAAGAAGCAGUUAGAAGUUUAUGAGAAAAAUUGGAAAAUUCUAGAGGACGGAGAUGAUGAAGUUAAAAAAUCAUUUGCGAUAAAAACAAGAGAAUAUGCAGACGCCGCUAACGAAAUAAUAGUUAUGAACAGAAAAAAUGCCACUCUUCAGCAAUUAUUCAAUAAGGAAACAAGUAAAUUAUAUGAAUAUCAGAAAGAAAUGAUUAGGAAAGAAAGCGAUCUCAAUCGAGCUCUUGCUGACGCAGAUAAGCACAUCAAAACGUUACUAUCAGAGAUCUCUCUAUUGCAGAGUAACUUGUCUAAUUCGGUGAGUGUAACAGUGCAUAACGAGCUGAAAGAGAAAUACGAAGAACUGAAUAUACGUCAUCAUGCUUUGUUGGAAACAACAAUAAUAUUUGCUGAUUAUACGGAAAUAUUAUCCUUGAAAGAAGAAAUAGAAAAAAUAAGACAAGAAAAACAUCAAUUUAUAGAAAGUUUGCAGAAAACAAACAAUCACGAAGAGGAUAAUUUGCAACAAAAAUUGAAAGAAAUAGAAGCCAAAGAACUGAUGGAGAGACAACGAGCUGAGCAAAUGGCCAGAUUACACGAAAUAUCACAAAAACAAUUAGCGAAGUACGAAGAUAACGUUAAACAACUUUCUACUUCUAACUCCGAAUUGCAGGAGAAAUUAAUCGAAGUGCACAAAAAAUUAUUUGAAGAAGUAGCUGUACAGCAGACUGUAAAAAUAGAUGACAACCGUAUACAAGAGCUUCAAAAUGAAAAAUCGCAACUUAUCAUAGAAAAUGAAAAUUUGAAGAAAAAGAUACAAAUUGUCGAAGAGGAAGCGCGAGUGCAGUAUUCGCUAAAUUCGCUGCAAACGUUGGAGUUAGAUAAUUUGAGACAUCAAAUAUUAGAUCUGCAAGCUGUAAGCGAAGAUAAGGCUACUAUUUCGAGACUUGAUUUUGAGCUCAGAAGUACAAAGAUGUCGGAAAUGGAACAAACCGCGCAGAAAACGCAGUUGCAGAACGAAUUAGCUUCCAUAAGGCAAGAGCUCGAUAAUUCAAAAAAGAAAUGUGAGGAAAUGCGUAAUUAUAUACAAGAUUACCGGAAGCAAUGCGAUAAUCGGUGCAAGUAUUACAUAGAUAUUAUAUAUUUUUUACAAUGCCAGUAUGUGGGAUCUACUUCUGUAAGUGCCUUAGAAAAAGUAAUUGCUCUCGCUGCAAAACUGAAAACAGAUCAUCAAAAUAUCGAUGCAGAAAUGCAAAAAGUGAAAAAAUGUCAUGAAGAUGUCAAGUACGAACAGCAACUUUUGUCUACUCGUCUUGAGAUUGUCGAACGUUUAAAAGACAUAUUGGAGCAACAAAUCGGUGCUGGCAAUAUUCAAAAUAUCAUGGAACAUUUUGCUGAAACUUCGCAAAAGACUUUAAACGAUUUCAAAUACAAAAGAAAAAUUGCUCAUUUAGAGCAUGAACUUCAAAUUGCCAAUAGCAAAUUCAAUGAGUACGAGUCAGUAAUAGGUAACAUGGAGCAAGAUAUGCUAAAUAUUCAGAGAGCUUGGUAUCCACAACAAGAAUAUUCACAAGUUCGAAUUAAUACAGCAAAUUUUGAAACAAAGUCUAUUCAAGUAGCAACAGAAACUCACGUCGUCAGUGUUCAAACAGAUCCUUACACAUGUUGUUUAAAUGAAAAAGUAAAAAGUGCAAGCAAGGAAACUAAAGUUUCUAAAGAAAUUCAAACUGAACUAGACAAACCGAUAAAACCUAUAAUCCAAGAAACUAUCGUAGAUGAGAGCAGCAGUUCGACGAUCUUUAAAGAACAAUUGGAUGAAGUACUGAAAGUCGCAUCGGAACGCUCAGAGAUGCUCGACAAAUGUGAAUCGCAAUUAGCAGAAUACAAAGCAAAAGUAGAUGCUCUAAAUAAGACGAUGGCUGAAAAAGAUUUGCAAUAUCAAGCAAAAUUGGAUAGUUUGAACAAAGCGAUUGAAGAAAGAGAUACACAGUAUCAAGUAAAAAUGAACGAUCUAAACAAAGCAAUGAUAGAGAAAAAUUCACAGUAUCAAACUGAAAUAAAAGCGAUGGAAGAGAAAGAUUUAUAUCUUGCUCAAAAACAAACUGUGCUUGAUGAUGAAUCGAUGACUCAGCCACACGUUAUAAGCACAGAUUGUACUGACAAAUUAGCUUUAAAGUCGACAAUAAAUAGUUUGCAGAAGUUACUUAAUCAGAAAGAAGAGACUAUUUUGAGAUAUCAGAAUUUAUUGAAAGAGGACAGAGACGAACAUAGUCGGGCGGCAAGUCGUUUUCAAGAUGAAAUUAAAAGUCUGCACGAUCAUAUUUUAGCUAUGCAAAAUGAAACGAAGAAAACUGAAGAAUUAUCAGUCGUGACUGUUGAAAGGAUUUUGGAAAAACCGUCAUCGUUUGACGAGACCACGUCGAGAAUAACAAGGUCUCGUCAAAACAAUGCUGCGCAAGAAGAAGAAACUGCUAGGUUACAUGAAAAGAUAUCUACUCUUGAAGCAGAAUUAAAUAUUAGCAAAGAACUGAGCGAACGUUGGCACCGGUUAGCAGAAGAAAGAUUGAAAUACAUUGAUCAUAUGAGAGAAAGACUAGAACAACAACAUAAAAAUGAGCUGGAAAGCUAUCGCGAUGAAUUAAAUAAAUGGCAGUCUGAGGCCGAUACACUUAGGCAACAAUUAUCUGAAAAUCGCAUGUUACUUACGAGAGGAAAUAUCUCUCUAAUGAAAGAACUGCAAGAGAAAGAUGACCGAAUACACGAAUUAAGUCUUGCUUGUCAACAAUUACAAAGUGAAGUCGAAUUGAUACAGUCCGUAAAUCAAUCUCAUCAAAUAACAGUUCACAGUCGGGAUGAUGUAAAAAUAAAAGAAAUACCGCACAACAGCCAUCGUGAUCAAACGCAACAACAAAAUCAAAUAGAUCUUUUACGUCGACAGCUUCAUUCUUUAAUGGAGAAAGAAAAAAUGUACAAGAAUGAGAUAACAGACUUGAAGCAACAACUUAGCCGCAGAUAUAUGUCUAUAAAAACACAGGAGAAAAAAACAUCGCAACGUGAAGCACAGCUCGAACGUAAAGUAGCAUCUUUGGAAGAAGAAUUAAAGAAAGCGAAGACCCAGUUGGAUAGAGAAACUUUAGCGCAAGAAGCUAAAAAAGCUAAGACUGCGGAGGAACUUUUAUUGUGGGAGAAACAGAAAAAGUGGCAACAAACAGCUGAAAAAUUGAAAGAAAAACUUAAAGAGAAGACUGACGAAUACGAAAAGUUGCUAACAAAUCACGAGAAACUACGAUCUGUUGUGUCGUGUAUGGAACGAGAAAAAUGGUAUUUGAGAAGCAAACUUAAACCGGAGAGCGACAUUGCUUCUGGCAGUUCGUCAGCAAGACCUGUUUCAAACGUUCAGCACAACACUCAGGAUGAAUUGGAAAAAGAAUGUCGAAUAUUGAGAGAACGCGUUAAAGAAUUGACGAAUCGUUUAGAGAAAGAAAGCAAUGAACAUUUGAUGUUAGAAAUAGCAGAAUUGAAACGGCACAAUGCGGCUUUGGAAGCAGUUUCUCAGGGUAAUACGUGCGUAGUUAGUCAACUUGAGAAGUUAGAAAUGACCAAAGACAUUCUCGAAAAGAUGAAUCUCAAGUUAGAAAGUGAAAACUUUGAUUUGCGACUCCAAUUAGAAAAAGCAAACUCGGAUACUCCGAGAUUACGGGAAAAAAUUGAACAUUUAGAAAAAUACAUAAAGCUAUUAAAAGCAGAGAAAUCUUCUGACUCUACUCCUAGAUCGUCAGAUAAAGACACACCAGAGUUAAACAUGCAAAAAUCUACCUUUGAAAUGGAAAAAACAAUAUUCACAUUGAAACGAAUUAUUGAGAAACUUCAAGUGGAGAAUAAAAGAUUAAAAUUUAAUUCAAAAAGAAAUAACUGUCUAGUCAAUCAAGGCAAGACAAAUAUUAUAGAAGAAAACACUUUGCUUCAAAGACAAUACGAGGAGUCUCAGAAACGUAUAAUAAGCUUGGAAUCGGAUUUACGACUAGCUGAGCAAAGAAUAGCUAUGUUGAAAAAAGCAGAAAAGGAUGAUGAUAACGGAGAUUAUCGUGUUUUGAAAGAGCAAUUGCUUCACAAAUCCGAACUCUUGGAUAAAGUAAAACAGUUGUUAACGCGAGCAGCUAUCAAUGAAAAAUCGCUGCGACAACGUGUACAACAACUAGAAUUGAAGCAAACUCUGUCAACAAUUCCAGAAUGUCUCGUGACUCCGCCCAUGUCAGAAUAAUAAAUUUUGAGGAUGACAAACAGUUUAUUUCCAAAUAAAUUAAAAAUUUAGUAAAUAAAGUUGUUUACGUGUAUUUAUACAUAGUCGUAAUAUAA